GUGCUGAAGUGGUGAUUUUAAUUUAGUGUGUAGUCACGUGAUUUGUUCAAAGGAUAAUUUUGUGAUUGAUGGGUUGGUUAGUGACGUGGGAGGGGGAGAGAGAGAGAGAGAGAGAGAGAGAGAGAGAGACUUUUGAUCAGUAGAAACCUGUUGUUAUAGAUCGUCGUUCUCUUUAAGGUUCUUCUGCACCAGUUGAACGUUUCCCGUGUAAUCUGUGUGUGUCCCCCCUCUCCACACCCGCCCCCCUCCCUACCCGGUGUGGAAGACAGACCGGGCGCGGAGGUGAGACGACGCAUGAUGUCGGUUUGGUGAUGUGGCCGCUUUACAGGGGCGCGCACCGGGGACCUUGUAACCGCCUUUCACCGCGGCGGACCGGAGCAGGAGCAGAAGGAGGAGGAGGAGGAGGAGGAGGGAGCCGCGGACGGACGGGCUGAUCGGUAAACGGAGCCCUUCACCCGGAUAUCUUCCACGAAAGAGUUUUUUUUUUCUUAGGCAGCACAGGGAAUAAGCGCGCUUCACUGUCAUUUCUCUUGGUCUUUCCUGGAAUUUUUUUUUUUAUUUGUCUCUGCGCGCUCGCGUGACGCCGUUUUCCGGGCUCAAUGAACAGGUCGAAAACUUUGAGGAAACAUGUCUGAAGAUACUCGUUCCGUUUUCGUCGCGCGCGUUUGCUGUGUUUGUUGUCAAAAAACGAGGGAAAGCCAAAAGCACGAGGGCGCGCGUGAUCAUCGGUGACAUGAGCGGCGGUCGGAUCCGCGCGGCUGGUUGAUGGCACUGCGCGCCGGCGCGACCUGCAUCGGCCACGUCUUGCGCAGAGUGCCGCGCUUGCACGGCUCGCGUUCGCGGCGCUCCAGCAGCCUGCUGUGCCUCUCUCUGAGCCACGACCGCGACCCGGGGACGCUAGACUGCAAGCGCCCGUGCCAAAGCUUUCCCGACUGCCACUGUCGCCACUGCCCGUACCGCUGCCGCCGCGCACUCCCGGCGGAUCCGCGGGGACAUGAGCCCCACGCGGGCUGGUUCCGGGGCGCCAUGAAGCGGCAGAACGUGCGGACCCUGUCCCUGAUCGUCUGCACGUUCACCUACCUGCUGGUCGGCGCCGCCGUGUUCGACGCGCUCGAGUCGGACUUCGAGAUGCGCGAGAAGGAGCAGCUGCAGGCCGAGGAGAAGCGGCUACAGGGCAAGUACAACAUCAGCGAGGACGACUACCGGAAACUCGAGACUAUCAUCAUGGAGGCCGAGCCACACAGGGCCGGCGUGCAGUGGAAAUUUGCCGGAUCCUUUUACUUCGCCAUCACCGUCAUCACCACCAUCGGUUAUGGCCAUGCAGCUCCAGGAACCGACGCGGGGAAGGCGUUCUGCAUGUUCUACGCGGUUCUGGGAAUCCCCCUGACGCUAGUGAUGUUCCAGAGCCUGGGUGAGCGCAUGAACACCUUCGUCAAGUACCUGCUGAAGCGCAUCAAGAAGUGCUGCGGGAUGCGCAUCACCGAUGUGUCCAUGGAGAACAUGGUGACGGUCGGGUUCUUCUCGUGCAUGGGAACGCUGUGCAUCGGCGCCGCCGCCUUCUCGCACUACGAGGACUGGAGCUUCUUCCAGUCGUACUACUACUGCUUCAUCACGCUCACCACCAUCGGAUUUGGCGAUUUCGUGGCGCUGCAGAAGAACCGGGCUCUGCAGAGAAAACCUUUGUAUGUGGCCUUCAGCUUUAUGUACAUCCUGGUGGGGCUGACCGUCAUCGGAGCCUUCCUCAACCUGGUGGUGCUGCGCUUCCUCACCAUGAACAGCGAAGACGAGCGGCGGGAUGCCGAGGAACGGGCCUCGUUGGCUGGAAACAGGAGCAGUGUCAUUGUUCAUGUCCAGGAAGAUGUGAUGCCCGGUCGGAUCCACCAAAGGAGGCGAAAUCGGGACCAGUACAGAUCAGAAGUCGCUGAUCUGCAGUCGGUCUGCUCCUGCAUGCAGUAUCACUCGCACGAUUUCGGCAGCUCGGCCAUGCUGGCGGGAGAAGGAGGAGGAAGAGGGGGGUUGGGGUUGGGAGGAAGGCCGUUCGCGCACCAGAACUCCUUCACGUGCCAGCCGAGAUACUUCCACUCGCCGGUGACGUACCACAUCGAGGAGAUUUCACCGAGCGCGCUGAAGAACAGCUUCCUGCCCUCCCCUAUCAGCUCCGUUUCCCCCGGCUUGCACAGCUUCACGGACAAUUCGCGCCUGAUGAGGAGACGCAAGUCCAUCUGAACAGGAAAUCUCCCCGGGGCAACGGACCACGCCCA